GCGGGAUACUAUUAAAUAAUGGGUUUUCUGACUUAUAACUAGUCAUGGUAGAGAUUUAUCAAUCGAAAUCAUUAUGGCGCGUUAAUUAGUUGUGAAGCGAACAUCAAAAUAAAAAUAUGAGUAGCAAGGCCGGAGCAGCGCAGGGCCAGCAGCCGCGCAAGGGCGCGACGCCGCGGACCGCCGCCGGUGGGGCUACGUCAUCAUCCAAUAAGUCUCCGAAGCUCCAGCAGAUGGUGCAAGCUGCAGGUACGGCAAAAGCGACUGCUGGUGCUCCCACCAGUAUCAGUAAGGAAGAUGUUGCUUUUCUCAUCUUCAUGAUGCCUGAUGUGGCAAUGACUCCGUUCUUGCUCUUGUUUGGUCUUGUUAUUUUCAAGACCAACACGGUUGAUUCUUGAUUUCUCUAGUAAGUAGCACCAAAUAAUUUAUCGCAGGCCGCGGCACAUCACGUGCCGCAGUUGCUGGCGCCGCCAAGCAAGAAGACUCCGGCGCAGGAGGGACCAACAGGAAUACCAGUCCGCAGAAAUCUAGGCAACAAGGGCAAGGCCCGGAACAACAAGACAAUUCGUCGCGAUCCCCAAACAAAUCUUCCUUUACCACGGUGGUGAAACAGAUGAACGCCGCGCGAGCCCUAUCUCCCCGCCAGCGCCGCCCGGCCACUUCUCCCCUAACCUACAAGGAGCGGAUCAAGCUGCAUGUGGAGCGACGCAGGCAGCUGACAUCAAAUCCUGGGGAAGAAUUGUUCCCGCCGGUGGGAGGAGGAGGUGGUGGUACUAGUACUUCAGGAGCUCCUGCGAUGUCCUCCGGCGCAGCACACGAAGUGGACGCGUUUCAAGAGACGCCGGGCUUUGGCAUGCAGCCCGGGUCGGCGGAAGGUACAAGAACCAUGAAAAUUUGCUACGUAGAUGAGGUCCUGGGCUGUAGUUAUAGUCAACAAGAAGGCCAGCACAUAGCUCCUCACUACACUUUUUGCAUUUGCACUUUGACAUGGCAAAAAUGCGAUAAAAAACACUCUCGGACACCAUCACCACCACGACACCAGAUUCUCCAACCCAGAGCCAAUCUGUGGCGACGCUGGACCCUUCCCCCGACGGUGCGCACCGGCAGCAGGUGUAUCAUCCAUCCCGCAGCAACCACGGAAUCCAUCCAGACGACCCGAUGCUACGAGAUUACGCCGUGAGUGCUGUCGUCCCGGAGGAAAAUGACCCGGGAUUGCUUCUCCACGACAUGGUUUCCCCGAUCAAAAACGAGGGCAGGAUGCUGAUGGAGCCCUUCGCGCAGAAUGUAGAGGAGGACUUUGCAGCCAACACAACGCAUGGCAUACAGCAGGAACAGCUCUCCAUCGCACCGCCGGGAACCUCCGUUGCGCGGGCCAUGAGCGGCACCAGCUACUACGAUCAACAGCAGCGGUUUCGCGCGAACUCCGCGGAUAGCGCCCUGCAGAUGAUGGCGGGAGGAGGACAACAGCAACACCAGCAGAACCUCCACCUACAGGAGCCCUCAUUCCCAGCUCCUCCUGUCGUGAAAAAGAACGUGCUUGUCGUGGAGCUUCCUUUGGACCCCGAGACCACUAAAGCCUUCCCCUCGCAACACUGGCCUUCGGAAACGGAACAGGAACUGGAACAAAGGCUCUGCUGGGCGUUCGGAAUGCGGUUUGAUUUUUCCACCACGUCUUCCUCUACGGGGGAGAAAAAUAAGUUGAAGAUGAGGUUUGAAAACGAGGAAAUUUCAUCCCUGUUGAACCAGGUCCUGCCGAAGUUAUCGCACCAGGAGAAUCACCAGGACCACCGCAACAUACUGCACGACAUCGCGGACCAAGCUUUUUCGGAUACGGAGCAACAGGAAAAGCAGCACCACCACGCGCUGUCCGAGCGGGUGCGGAUCGAGUUCCUGGCCUACCGGAAGGCCCUGGAUGAACAGGAGCGGUCGCUGCACAUGCACCGCGCGCAACUGACCGAACAGGAACGGAAGCACCAGGCCGAGGUCGACGAAUUGCAAACGGAAAUCGCACGACUGCAAGCCGCGACCGAGACGCAGUGUGGCGAAUUACAAGCGUCGUUGGACCGGGCCCAAGAGGAAUUUGGGCUGGUCGAGAACGUCAGCGAAGAGCGAAAAUUGCUGCUAGGGGAGGCGGAAACGAAGAUUUUGCAGCUCGAAACUGCGAAGGGAGAGACGGAUGUAUAUAAACACUUCUUUUUUCUCAUGCUGGCCGCCAUGCACUUGAACAAUAAUCUGUAUCUUUUUGAUGAGAAUUCACUGCCAGACUGGCAGUGAGUGACAGUCGCUCCAUACUAGUACCCAGCUAUCAUUCAUCUAUCCAGAUCAACAAAGACUGAAGAUCCCGCACGUAUCUUAAAAAUGUAAGUUGUACAUACUUUCAUCUCAUUUUCAGGCCCAACUUCAAAUCUUCGAGCAGAAAGCGGAACAGCUGCAGACCGAGAAGGACAAACUAACCCUGGAGCGGACGGAGCUGCAGCACAAGCUCGAGGAGGUCGUUGCCUCUAACGAAAAAGAAAGAGACCAGGCAGAGAAGAAACGGGAGAGUCUGUUCCAGCAGAACACGCAUCUGCAAGCGGAGUACGAAGUCUUGACGGCGAAACUGCUACAGGCGAAAGACGAAGCCAAAGUCGCACUGCAGGAGAAGGAGCAGCAACGCGAGGCGUUGACAACGGAAAAGGAACGGCAAGUGGAUCAGCUGAAGCGGGAGAAGCACGUGAGGAACAGGACGAGAUGAAAUAUAACAAAUUCAAAUGCAUUUUUUCAAACCCUUUUUCCUCCCUGAUAGGCUUCUUCACUAGUUCACUACCGUACUGGUGCAAGCGCAAAGCCAAGGAGUUGCGUGUUGUCACAGCUUCCUCCCGCUGGUUCACGGCGUGCAUGGUCUAUUUUUCUUGACCCCAAAUAAAUCCUAGGACCUCCUCGCCACUGAGCAGCGUCGGCUUCGGGAAUCCGAGGCGCAAAUGCAGCGUUUCUACGAGGAACAGGAGCAGGAAUGGGUGCUCCUGUUGCAGCAGCGGGCCGACGACGUGAAGCGCAAGGAGGCCGACUGUGCGCGAAAAAUCAAGGACGCGCACGAGAAGCGCCGCGAGGAUGUGCUGCACGAGACAAACUCGCUGCAGGAACAGAUUCGCAAGGAGAACAGCGAGCUGCGAACCAAGUGCGCGCGGAUGGAAACCGCGAGUCGGAAUGCGAAGCAGGAGGUGGAAAGCGUGAAGAAGCAGAACAACAUGCUUUUACUCGACCGGCAGGACACGAGCGCGAAGUUGCAAAAGGCCCUGGAGACGAAGAGAAAUCUGCAAGAGCAGGUGGAGGAAUUGAAAACGGUUGUGCAGGAGCAAGCGGACGCUCUUGUUUCUAACCAGCCCCCUUUGAUGGACAGUAGUGCGUCGAGUAUGCUGAUGAGUUCCUAUUCCGCCCGCGGGGGAGGUGCAGGAGGACCCGCUACUUCCAGUUCCGCCGCGGGUGUACAACAGCGGUCUGUGCGGAGCGGGAGCGCCUCCGCGCGGGCCGCCUGGGGUGCCGGGCCCGGAGCUGCUACUGUGAACAACGCCACUCCGGGGCGGAGGAGACCACCGAACAAUUUGUCCGCGAGUAGUACUAGCAACCGAUACACCCCAAGACGCGAAAGAAAUAACCCGGCGUCGUCGUCCACAGCACAAAGCAUCCAUCAAAAGCCGCCACCGCUGUUGAAUAAGACUGCGACAAGGGCCGCAUCGCCACCGCCCGCGAACUACGGGGGAAGUAACUUAAACAAUAGCUCAUCGAAGGAAAGCAUUAUGACCGCUGACAAUGCACAUCAGGGGGAACAUCAACACCAACAACCCUUAAGUUACAGAACUCAAUCCUCGGUUCCCGACGAGCAUGAUGAAAUUGUGCAUCCUGGCGUGGCAAUGUCGAAUCAGGGCGGAUCUGUAGGACCACCAGCAGGAAAACCUCAAACACAAACGCAGGCGCUGAUCAAAGCUCGGCCCGCGGGGCUAACAAGCUCGCUGUCGUCCCUUUCCGCAAGCAGCAGAAACCCGUCUCCAGCAGCUGCCAUGUCGGGCGCCGCCUCUGGUGCUCAUCCAGCGUUCCAUCCGGGUGGUGGAGGUUCCGAAAACACAACACCGACACAGGCUGCCCAAUCUGGAGGAGGUGCAACUACGGGAAUAACUUUUGCCUCUUCAAAACAGCUCGCCCGGUCGGGGAGUGCAAGUAGCGCAGGUCUUUUCGGCGGUCCAGUUGCAACAAGCCCGGCGAGUUCAUUCAAGCACCUCUCAACCACGUUCAAUCCAGGUCUACGCGCACCCUCUCCACGGGCUGGUGCGCAGCAGCAGCAGCUUGUUUCAGGACCGAUGACAGCACAUAGUUCCGGCGGAGGGCGCCCGCCGUUAAUGAGUGCUAACAUGCAGAUGCAACAGCAGGCGUCGAACAGCAGCUCAUGUGUGAGCCCAACAGCGGCGGCUCACCAGCAUCAAGGCGGUGGAGGUCAACAACACAUGCAAAUGAGCAGCAGCCUCCGAUCGCUUUCUGGCUCACGCAACAUGCUGCAGACCGCACCCUUUCAAACUCGGCUUGGCGGAACGAAUAAUUUGAAUUAUCCGCUGAACAAUUUGUCCAGCAGUAGAGUGGGGGGCGUCGGAGGUACAACAGCAACUGCAGCUGCAGCAAAUCAUCCAAGUGCAAAUCAGUAUCAGGGUCAGGUUCCUGGUGGUACAGGAACAAUUGUUCAAAAUUUCACACCGCGCGGAGGGAACAUAGCUCAACAUUUCCAACAUAAGCAAAACCUCUCCGCCACCAGCAACACAAAUGGGUCCUCGUUUCGCUCACCGAUGGAAGGAAUCAUGUCGACCGGAAAUAAUAACCUUCUGACGGGGAGCCAGCCGCAACUCUUGAACUUGGACGUUUCGAACAUCAAUACACCAAAUCUGGAGAAUUCCUUCCACAGCGUCGGCACACCGGGGCUGCUUGGAACCGCUGGAAGCAACAGUUUGCAGAUGACGCGGAAUCUGUACGCCUCGGCGCAGCAGAGUCCGGUGAAUGCAGCAACGGGAGCGGCAGUAGGUGGCCCACCACCUCUUGCGGAGAACAAUGAUCAGGAGGCGAAGCUCGCGGCGAUGAUGGCAGACCGAGCGCGGAUGGAGGCUAUGGUAGAACGGAAAAAGCAGGAGCUGGCAGAGAAAAAACGACUGGCGUUACUAGCACAGCAACAGGCCGGCGCAGCAGCGCAAGGGUCAUAAGUAGUACCUCCAGAGUGCGCUCCUGCAGCUCCUCUGCAGAUUCAGCUCCUGAGCAGCACUUACUUUUUUGGUCGUGUUUCAUAUGAUUUACGCUUAUUUUCCAGAAGACGAGAAAACUUAAAUUCUACGACGAACAGUACCUGUAUCCAUGUCAAAAUAAAAAACACAACUCAGUGUCAGUCAGAUGAGAAAAAAAAGCUCUGGGCUCUACGAAUCAAUUUAAGACUUUUUCAUAGCGAGAAACAUUGAUAUGCACUUGUACGAUAAAACGAUCACACAAAGGAAAGAUGAACUUGAACUUGCAGUCAUGUACUAAAUCCAGCACAUUGAAGACCAUGACACGACUUGGCAACACCGCUCCUGCGCAACCUCAUGCUUGAGUGGCGUUGAGCUCGACGAGGACACCUUGAUUCGUAACACAGCGAAAUAUGUAAAUCUAAAUGUAUCACUCGAGAAAAUUUAGCACCACCAAAGUGGCAACAUGUUGUUGACACGACGACUUCUGACAUCUUCAAGUCCAUGCACUUACGACUGACGAUGUAAGUGACCAAGUUGCAGAUGCAAUGGCUAAAAAUAUUGGUUGACUCAGAAAUUCAACUUGUUGGCUCCGCGAAGCGCAAUGCCGAAGAUCAAGAUCCAAUAUCUCAUGCUCAAAU